UCCAUCUUAGCCUAAGUGUUUACAGUUAUUUAGGUAACUUGUAUAAAUAAAAAUAAAUAUUUUAUCGGUAGUGCUGUUAACGUAUUAAGAGGAUUCCGCUUAGGCAUUAUACAUCUCCUAGAAACGAAGUAGGAAAUUAAAAGGUGGGUACCAGACCAGAAAAGACUUAUCUUGUAAACUAGGAAUGUCCAAUGUAUGGGAGACGUUGGGUCGACCCCGCUAUGUGGUGGCGCCGAUGGUCGACGCCAGCGAGCUAGCGUGGCGCUUGCUGAGUCGCAGACAUGGCGCACAUCUCUGCUACACUCCCAUGCUGCACAGCAAUGUGUUUGUGAACCACCCGAGGUAUCGGGAGGUCAACCUACAGUCUACACCAGAGGAUAAACCACUUAUUGUCCAGUUCUGUGGCAACAACCCGGAGAUAAUGCUGGAGGCAGCCAAGUUGGCCGAGGCUCACUGUGAUGCCAUUGACAUAAACCUCGGCUGUCCUCAGGCCAUUGCCAGAAAGGGUCACUACGGGGCCUUCCUACAGGACGACUGGCAACUACUUUCCAAUAUAGUAAGAACGCUCUCCCAGGGGGUAAGUGUGCCAAUCACAUGUAAGGUGAGAGUGUUCGAGAGUGUGGAACGUACAAUAGCGUACGCACGGAUGUUGGAGACAGCUGGAUGUGCUAUGUUGACAGUGCACGGACGUACGCGUGAACAGCGAGGUCCUCUCACAGGACUGGCCAGCUGGGACCAUAUCAAGGCUGUCAGGGAAAGCGUGAAUAUCCCAGUGAUAGCCAAUGGCAACAUUCAGACGCUGGCUGACGUGGAGCGUUGUCUGGCCCAGAUCGGAUGUGAAGGGGUGAUGACUGCGGAAGGCAAUCUUUAUAACCCUUGCCUGUUCGAGGGCCGCAAUCCUCCAGUAUAUGAGAUAGCUAGUGAAUACCUCGCCUUAGUUGAUCAGUAUCCCUGCCCCACGUCAUUCGUCAGGGGUCACCUCUUCAAAAUCUUCCACGAGUGCCUGAGUAUACCAAGUAAUUUUGAAAUUCGGGAGCUGCUCGCCAAAGGACCCAGUGUCUCGGAAUUCAAAGAAGUUGUAGAGAAAUUAAGAGAAAUUUAUGAACCCAUUCAUGAGGGUAGACAGUUAUAUACUCAGGAAUACACUGGCUACAACUUAGACUUACCUCCUUGGGUGUGUCAGGUUCGAGAGAGGAUGCCUCCGGAGGAUCAUCUGAAGAAGAUGGAGGAGGCAGUGAGUCUGCAGAGGAGUAGGGAAGAGGAGUCUAAGGAUGCGGAUGAAAAGGAGAAUAACAAUCUGUCUUCUGGACUGAAAAGAACAAAACGAGAGAGUAGCUCAGAGCGAUAUUUGAGCAAAAAGAAACUCAAAAAGAUGCAGAAACGGUCAUCAGAAAAUCCUCACUGCAGGAAAGUGUUUGAGAAGUGCAGAGAGUGCCCCAACCCCGUGGGCCUGAAAUGUGAAUACAGUUUGUGCAAGGCCUGCUGUAAAGCGAAAUGCUACCUCGAAAACCAGGACUGUCCCGGACACAGAAUAUUAACCCGAACUCGACGAGAACGAGCGAAAAGUCUCGCAAACACACCGAAACUUCAAACAUCAGCUUCUAGUCCUUCAGAUGUGCAACCUAUCUGCAGAUGAAUGUUGUUACUUUUUAGCAAUUUGAAUUACAAGAGAAAUAAUCAUUAUUCUGAUAUUAACAUAAUUUUGUAAUUAACUUAUUAAUUUGAGUAUCAAAUACUCAAAUGUAAGAAUUUUAAUUGUUUUCUGGAGUUAUUGUAAGUAGAGUUUUGCCCUAGGAUUUUUAAAUGUUAUUUUUUAAAUUAUUUAAGAUUGAAUUAUGGACAAAGAUUACUAUUUUAAAUUCUAUCAUAGCAAUCAUCGCUUUAAUUAUUAUUAAAGAAAUACUUUUCAAUUGUUAGAAAUUUUAAACAAGUUCUGCUAUCUUACAAAUCAAUAUUUUUUCAUAGCAUGUUAUGUGUUUCCCCAGAAAGUUUGAAUGCAGUAUAAAUAUGUGCUAGAAUAUGUGAUUGAUUUAACUUAGAUAGGGGAUCAUAAAGUGGUUAGAGUUUGGAGUACAAAAUUAGUAAAAGUUAGAGUUUGGAGUAAAAAUAUAGUAAAAAAGUGAACAUGUUUGAAAUUUAUUUUAUGGCAUAAAGUGUUCACAUGUAUAACAACUUUUUCUAACCAUUCCACUGGACACUGGUGUAUAUGCAAUUAUGCAUACAAACAAACAAAUUAUUAAUUCUGGAAACUUACAAAAAAUAAAAAAAAUUACACACUGUGGAAUCCAAAGUCCAAAUUAUAUUAUAAAAUUAUGUGGAUCCGUUUGAUUAAAUCUACUUACAAUUGACAUUUUAACAAGUUGUUAAUCAUGAUACCAUGCAAAAUAAGAUUUUAUUAGGUUAUCAAAUUAAUUUUUUCUCAUAAAAAUAACUUGUGCCAAUACAAGAAAUUACAUGCUUUGUACACUGUAAUGAAUUCACUCAUUUGUUUAAAAUUUGAAUGAAUAAAUUUUGUAUAUACAAAUAUUUUAAGCUGGGUAAGAUAAUUAUGUUAAGACAUACCUCGUAGAGUCAUUCGUUAGAGUAAAUAUUUUGAGAAUGAAUUUAAUGUUUGAAGUGGUGCUACUUAAAACUAUUUAGCAGUGGUUUUUUCACUGUUAUAGUAAUUUUGAUUUUACUUUUUAACAUAGUUUUGUUUUACAUACUUUGAGUAAACCAUUUUCAUGUUUUGCUAUACUGUAACUGUAAUACUUUUGAAAAUGUUUCGUGUUGAAUAUCUGUUCGUUAUUAAAUGACAAAAUGGCACUACUGAAAAAACAAGCCAAAAGACUUAUUUAUUUGGUGAUAUUUUUAAAAUUAUGGAAGAUUUUUUAAAAAUUUUGUUGUUAUUUUACUUUUAUGUUUUUAACAUGAUUUAACAGGUUUAUUUAUUUGUGAAAAAUGUGUGGUUUGCAGUGUUGUGAUCUGGAAGUGAUGUUAUGGGAUUCAAUUUCAACUACACAAAAAUGUGUACUAUCUGUCAAAAUACAUGUUUGUAUAACUAAGGUGUGUUUUAAAUAGUUUUGUUGAUUUAAUGUACAGAAACGAUUAUAUUGUUUAUUUUGUAUAUCAAAAGGAAACAUUUUUAUUCUAAUAAACCCUGUAUUUUUGUAGAUUUUAGUGAAUUUGUAUAUUGUUUUUAUUGAACUGUGAUAAAAGCAGUUUUAUGUUUAUAAGAUAUUUUUAAGGUAUUUGUAA